GGAGGGUGCAUCGUGAAUCAGAGUUUUAACCCCGGAUUACGUCUGUGACAAGCAUCGGUCGGCUCCCGAACUCCAUUCGACUGCUCGGAUUACGUUGCCUCGAGUCGGCCGCGACAAGCUCCCCGAUGACAUCGAGGUUAUGAGCAUCUCUGACGGCUGCUAUCUGGAGAGCAAUCGGCGGCCAUGGCGACCAGUGGAAGCAGCGGAAGCAGCGGCGGGGGAGGCGGUGGCAGCGCCGGCAAGGCUGCGGGCCUGGCCACGCCGGAGGCAUCGGGAAGCAGCGAGACCCUCGAAGACGACCAGCCGCCACAGGGAUCCGCGGAGGGCAAGCGGAAGAAGUUCCACCCGCUGAGGGCGGUCCGCAAGAUCUUCCGGUGGAAGGCCAAGCGGCAAGGGUCCCAGGAAGUCGUGGGACCGUCCAAGAAGUCCAGGUCCACCGGGGAACUGCAGUCCGUGCCGGAUGAGGACCAGAGGCUCAAGGGACCCGUGGUGCCGUACUCUAUUGGGCUGAGUGUGUCGCACGACAGCGUGUUCAGCCCGGACACCUCGAUGGCGAUGGCAGAUUCGGACGGCUUGCACCAGGGCUCCAGCCUCUCGGUCAACAGGACGUCGCACAAGCUCGUCUUUAAGGACGAGCUGUUCACGCGUGUCCAGGCAAGGCGGGAUUCUGACGACGACGACAUGGGCCUGCCCCACAGCCCGUGCACGAGCCCCACCACGGCGGAUGUCCUCAGCAGGGGCCUCCAGGCCAAGACAUCAAAACCACAGAGCACGUGCAGUGCCGGCAGUCUCUCAAGCAUGUUCAGCUCGGAAAAUGAUGAGGAUGCCGCAGUCCAGGCCACUCUUGAGCGGAGGACGGAUGCCGCGGAAGCCGACGUCAGCGCUGACCUUCCACUUCCACUCAACCACAAUGCUGCAUUGCACAAGAUCUCAGUGAAGCCCAAGAGGACGCACGCUCUCCCUCGUCAUCGUAUGCUUCAGGCACUCUCGGCAGCAGCACCCCGGCUUCUCCCAACCACUCCAGAGCUGAGUGAAGAUUCGAGCAAGGCUCCGCCCACGCAGCAGGUCGAGUCCUCCGAAGCAACGACAGAAGUGGCUGGAGAAGACGGUGUAACUCAAGCCACCUCCCAGGCCAGAAACCUGCCGUUGCUCCCAAAGCUCGCUCCGGAGGACGAGGAAGACGACGAAAAAGUUGCCGAGACCCCGAAACUGGAGCAGGCGCAAGGACCACUCGAUGUGGUUGAAGACGUCAAAGACGAGGUUCAGUGCGAGAAUGCAGAUUCUCACAGUGAGGACAAAGAUGCCGAAAGCCUCGAAUCACCACCGACCCCACCGUCUGCAAAUCUCAAGCUCGACGAGCACCAAAGUUCCGACCUUGUUGGUGCCGCCGAAGACGCGCAGGACGAGCACGAGCCAGCUCCGUCGUCGCGGAUCACGAUCUCAAACAACGAAGUCACCGUCAGCCGAGAGAGUCACCUGAUCAAGGACAGUUCGGAGGUGACCGUCUCGUCGGCGAGGGACGAAGGCCAGGCUCUUCGGCAAGUCCACCAUUCUCCGAAGCCAAAGGCGGCCGAGCUGAAGCUGCGUCACGAGAUUGCGCAGUUCAACAAGCGACAGCGCGAAAUGGGCAGGACACUGGACUACGGAGACACGGACGAAGCCACCGCGGAGAUGAUUGACAUCCAAGAGAGUAUCAGGACGCUCGACCUGGCGAUCGAAAGCGGUGAAUCGAAGGACGGCAACGAAUACUUCGACGAGCAGGACAAUCUGGAUCUGGUCAAUGGGAACGUCCAGUUUGGUGGCGAAAGGUACAACGGCUGCGUCGGGGCACCCGAGAAGGCGUCGUUCGCGGCCGAAUCUCAGGUCGCCGCACCCGACACGAUGGAGGCGUCCGUGGAGUCUCCUUCCGAGGUCGUUUCGUUCGGGCUGAGGAAGUUGUCUCAGCCUCAUGUCGCCGCGAGAGAAAGCGUGGUUCCCGCGCCGCGCCGCAUCUCGAGCGUCGAGGUCGUGCAGAGCGUCAACACCGGGGUCUCUCCUCUUCAGAGGCCGCUCUCGGUGGAAAUACUCCCGUUCAGUCAGCGGAGGAAAGAGCAGAACUACCCUCCGUCUCCGACGAAAACGGACACCGAGUGCAAGCUGGAAGACACGAGGCGCUCGACACCGCAGCUAACCAGCGGCGGCCACAACGACGGCAGCUACGAUCCGCCUUCCGACGUCAGCGGCCCCGAGAAGAACCACAUGAGCUACCCGAUCCACUUCCGCAUCUACAAGGGGCGCCGCAGCUCGCUCGUCACGGAAGAGAAUGGUCAGAGCGUCUCGUCGUCGCCGCCUAAAGCCCCGGCCUUAAACGGCGACGAGGCGGUGGUUCCUUCGCCGCAGUUCGAGGUCAAGAUCCAGUCGAUGUCCGAGAAAGAGAGCAAGCCGGAGGUGGCUCCCAGGGCCAUCUUCCUCGAGAACGGGGAGCGGGUGGAACUGAGGAACCAUCACGGCCAGCAGUUCGCGAAGGAGCGGUCCAAGUCGGCUUCGGACAUGACGGGCAGUCCGCCGAGACGCGACGACAUCCGGCCACGUCCCUUCACUCGCAGCAUUCUUCCGAAGAAUUCGGAGGCGAGCGGCGAACCCGAGCUCUUCAAGGUGUUUGCGCGCCGCUCGCUCAAGCAGAAGAGCGUGGAAAAGCACGCAGAAAGCGACGCCAACGGCGGCACGGCGGAGACGGCGGCCGUGAGACCGGACGUCAAGCCCGAAAUGCUGAACGGUCACGGCACGCCGGCGAAAGGGUCCGGAGGGACCAUCGUGCAAAUUUCGGAGCUGGGAACCACCGUCGAUUUGCCGGCGUCGAACAAGCUUCACCGUGCGAGGCAGUCGGGCUCGGUUUCGAGCCUGAUCGAGACGAACGAAAAGUCGUCGGCCUUCGGAAGCGUCGAAUUGCCGCCGAAGGCGCCGCAGAAGCAGGCCGAUGCAAGCCCCAUACCACACGCCCGUGAGUCCCUCGGGAGGUCUUCGGGUCUCCAGAGCGGCGACAGUUCUCCCAGGCUGCCGGGACUCAAGAGCUCGGAGUUUCUCGCCAAGUCGGUCACGGUCGUCAACUCGGAAUCUUACCCCAAGCCCGUUGCGGCGAACAACGGCGCGUCGCCGGCGCACGCUCCGCCAUCGAAGUCCCCGGAGUCUCGAGGUGCAACCUCUGCGACCCCUCCGGUCUUCCAUGCGGCUAAGCCGGUAGGGUUUAAGCACGACAGCCACGCGGGGAUCGUUUCGCAGAGGAACGGGGACCUGGGGCCUGCUUCCAAGUCUGUGACCAUUGUUGCACCCGAAGCUUCGUCGGACGUGCAGCGAGGAGAAGCCACGGGCGCUCCGGAGAUGCACUCGCCCUUGAGGCGGAACCUGCAUGCCUCACGCCCGCGGUUUCAUACGUCGCCCGAAGUAGCCCAGGAGGAGCUUGCCAAGGUGACUGGGGUCCAGAAAAAGCCCCACGCUCCGUUCGAGAAAACAUCCAGCGUGAGUAGCAACAGCAGUAUCAGCAGUGCGGAAGGAGGCUCCAUCAAGGGCGGCAAAGCGCUGCAAAGGGCCAGUUCCGUGAGCAGCGCCUCGCCUUCGUCCACCGGUUCCUUCCGGGCUAGCAAGAUGGCGGCCUCCGGCGGGGCCCCCAGCACGCCUGGGUGUCCCAAGAUGGCCGACGAGCAGCAGCCAUCUUGGCUCCAGCUAGCUCAGCAGCGUCGUGAGCUGCGCGAGCAACGGGAACGGCUCAUGCUGGGGCGGCCGGCCGACAGCUCCUUUGUCCUCGAGACGUCCAGCAAACCUUCCCGGUCCAGCAAGGUCCUUGACAUGGUCAGCAAUUUCCAGAAGCUUCAGAUGACCUGAGCUUUCCCUCGCUCCCGCGACCACCCCUGUGUCCCCGGAUGUGUGUGUGCAUUCCUGCUGUCUCACCUUGUGAGUGUGUGAUAAGCAACCACCUGCGACCACAUGACAACGACACUCGAGUGGACGCCAGCAAUUGCUGGACCAUUGCCAGCACGCUGCAACGACCCCCCCCUCCACCGAUGGGAAGCUGCAUGAAAAACCCCUCUUGAAUACUGGACGGCCUUGCUACUGUAGUGUAAAUGUCUCCGCAAAACAGAUGCACAGCACAAAUUGUGCAUAGAGUUUGUCGUGUCCGUGGUCUCGUGGAUGCACCAAGACGCUUUCGUUCCAAGGUAUUAGGCCUCAAUGAUUUUGAUGAGAAUGGUUAAUGUCCUUUCAGGAUCAUCGAGGUUGGUCAGCGUCUCUAUCGAUUACUUAGCGACUACAUUAUUUUAUGACUUCAUUGUGUCGUGUGAAUUGCUUCAAAAACCGAGAUGUGAGUGGGUCUGCUCGCAGUAUUUUCGGUAAAAGAUUCCAGUUACAGCACAGGUAGCUCUGAUACGUCGGAACUGCAUGCAGUUUGACAUCUCUUAAGGCAUUAUGUAGGUGUACUCGAUGAUGCUUGGAACAAACCUAUCCACAAGAUAUUUUUGGAAAUGAUAUAGGGUACUCAGAACUUUAAUAACUAUGUACUAUGUGGUUAGGCUGCCCAUUCCUUGCAAUGUUUUUGGGAGCACAUUAUGCAGAUGUAGUGUCCUUUUACAAAAGAGUAUACUUUUUGUUACCAUGAUGAAGAAACGGAAAGUUUGUAUAGUGUGCACCCCAGUAAAUAAGAAUGUUGGUGCAAUUGCUUACGCUACAAAUGGUACGGGCCUGCUGCAUCUGUCGGGCUGAAUUUCUGCCAGCCUGUUUGGGGACAGAACUUGACAUGUGCGACUUGGGAACAAUUUUCUUCCUUAAUGUUUUCAAGUACUUGCAUAACAUUCCGAUGAUCGAAUGUCAUUCAUUUAUUUGUGCCUAGAACCUCAAAAUUAUAUUUACAUUUGUACUGACGGCCUACACUGUGCUUGUAUUUUCAAUUUUUAUCUUUUGUAAAUAAGCAUAUCUUUGUAUUUGUAGUCACAUAUAAUUUCUCUCGAACAUUAGAUAGUUUCAUUAUGUAAAUGCCUAGAAGGAAAUUUCACAUAGAUUUCCAACACAGUUAUUGAGCAUUCGACUAGCAAGCUUUUUGAAUUAAUAAAAUAUGUGUAGUGUAGAGCUUUUAUGGAAAGCUGAGAUGAUUGAUUACAAAAAAAAUCUUUUUAUUCAAUAUUUACUUCAGAAAUGUGAGUGCCUAAAACAAAUUGUUUAAAUGCGUGCAGGUCUGGAUUUUUUUUAGAACUUGCAUAUGCAAUGCCAAAUAGACGGAUAGAGUGGUGUUACAAACAUGACAGGGGUGGUCCAUAUUCCUUUCAGUUCACUUGGACAUACUAUUUAGUACAAGCCUGGUUGAUGGAGGGAUGAAGAUGGCAAAGUUCUAGGACCAGUUUUUGUGUACAUUCAAUUGUUGCUAUUCCUAAUAAAAAGUGAGCGUUGUAUAGUUUGUACCAGGAGAGAUAAGCAUAAUGAAAGAGGACUGGCAAAAAUGCAAUGACAGAGUGCAUUUGUCGAAGCUGUCCGGGAAUGGGACAGAUUGGAUUGACUAGAAAACCUCAGCCAGUCUAACGAUGUUGAAGAGGCAGUUACGAUUCAUGCUACCCCAGCCACAGCCCACCUAUGCUAUUACUUUCAUGAGGUCCCGUGUGUGUGCCUAUGGGCAUAUAAAUUGGCAAAAAAACUGGUUUGUGACGGAUGUUUUUCUCAAUUCCUGAAAUUUCUGACUUUCUUCAGUAAUUGUGAGAACCCAUUGAUGCUGUCAGUUUACAAAGUCAGGUUUUAAGCCUCACAGUGUAAUAUUUUUAUAGUGACAAUACAAGAAAGCUGUCAUUAUUUAGAAUGUAUUUUCCCCCAGUAUUACGAGGAAAAUCUAAGAAUGCCUAUUUCGCAUUUUCUAUCAAAAAUAUGUGAUACAAAGAUUUCGAUUCAACAUUUAGAAGUAUGUGCCUUUUUGGAAAUGAUGCAACACAUUUCUUUCAGGGGGUAAAAGUGUAAACGAUUGAAAUAGAAUGUUAGCCUGGCUAACAUUAGGACUGGCUUGCUUUUUAGCUCAGUUUUUGUAGAUAUAUAUAUAUAUAUAUAUAUAAUAUUUUCUUGUAUAGUUGAGUGUUUCAGAAGUAGCGAGAGCCUAUUACUAACACGAUGGAAUUGGUCUGCCAAACCAUAGAAGCGCUUUCUUUGUAGUUUUGUUCUCUUAUAUACUCGGACACUGGAGUCUGCAUAAGCAAUUCCCAACUACGAUAUAUUUUUGUAAAACGUGUGCACAUUGAAUGCAGCUCGCAUAAUCCUCUUCUGAACUGGUCCUAUUCGCAUGCCAAAGGCUACCGCGGCAUUUUAACAACUACUGUUACUUCAGAAGUGAGGAAACGAGGAUGGCAGCGCAGGUUGUAAAAUUUAGGAAUAUGUACAUACCCGAUUUAUUUACGAAUAGUUUUUUUCACAUUUAUUUUCUUUGUUAUGUAUGCCUUGGGUCAUCACCGGAGUUGAACCAAGUUGCUCUGGUUUUGCUUUGGGUAGUGCCACGGGCAGAACCGCGGGCUGUUUGCAUUGAUUGACUGCACAUUGUAGCAAAUAGCUGCACUAAACUGUAGAUACGCGACAUUGUCAACACGUGGUUGGAACUCGGUGUGCAGUGAAAAACAAAUAUCUAUGUAUCUACAUGGAAACGAUGCCUAAUAAAGUUCUGUAAGCCAAAA